UCUGAGAAAGAAGUGCUUCCAAGAGCUGCCUGCACAGGUAGUGAUCUAUGUCUGGAUUCUCUCUGUUUCCUAUCAAGUGAUGAGAUGGUGAGUCAGAAUGAGGAGGAGAAACCCCAUCAGGAAGAUACUGAUCAAACAGAACCACAUGGAACUUUAUCAGGAAGAUCCAAAGGGAAUGUUUCCAGGAGUUGUGCACUCCCAGAAAAAACAAAAGCCUGUGAGACUCUGCACAGGCCAGAGGGACACUUUAGUAGCCUCUCAGACCUUGUAACAAGCAACAGAAUCAACUUGGAAGAGAUACGCUACACAUGCCAUGAGUGUGGGAAAAGCUUCAAUCAGAGCUCUACCUUUAUCAGACAUCAGACAAUCCACACAGGUGAGAAACCUUAUGGAUGCGCUGAGUGUGGGAAAUGCUUCAGUCAGAGCUCAAACCUUAUCACACAUCAGAGAAUCCACACAGGAGAGAAGCCCUACACAUGCUCAGUGUGUGGGAAAAUCUUUAGUCAGCACUCAAAUCUUAUCACACAUCAGAGAAUCCACACAAGAGAGACGCCUUAUACGUGCGCUGAGUGUGGGAAAAGCUUUAUUCACAGCUCACACCUUAUCACACAUCGGAGAAUCCACACAGGAGAGACGCCCUACACGUGCUCUGAGUGUGGGAAAAUCUUUAGUCAGCGCUCAAACCUUAUCACACAUCAGAGAAUCCAUACAGGAGAGACGCCCUACACAUGCUCAGAGUGCGGGAAAAGGUUUAGUCAGAGCUCUGCCCUUAUGAGACAUCAGAGAAUCCACACUGGAGAGACACCCUACUCAUGCUCUGAGUGUGGGAAAAGCUUUAAUCAGACCUCAAACCUUAUGAAACAUCAGAGAAUCCACACAGGAGACACGCCUUAUACACAUGCUCUGAGUGCGGGAAACGGUUCAGUCAUUGCUCAAGGCUCACUAGACAUCAGAAAAUCCACAUGAGAGAGAAUUGUAAUAAAUCCCUUGACUAGGGUUGGCCAAAACAAUUUAAAAAAACAAUCACAUUUGCUAAUUCCCACAUAGUGAUUUUGCAUCAUCUUCAUCGUGGUCUCUCAUCUCCACCAGAUCAGUUGCCUUCUUCUGCCUUUUGAAGUUCACUCUUCUUUGGGGUCAGUCCUAUGAUCUUUUCUAUCAAACUUCUUUUCUUUUGAGUCAUAGCAGUGUGUAUCCCUCCAGCCAGGAAUGUUCAUCAGUUCCAGGUUAGGGAGAGAGGUUUGAUCCCAGCAAGGUACACUGAGGCAAAAACUACCUGUGCCUUCCAUCCACUAGGACUGUACAUGGCGUUGGCUGCUCAAGUUAGUCAUCUUGGUGUAAAAAGUUGUAGUGUAGAUGCAGCCCAGGUGCAGUGGUUGGCAUUAGCUUUCCCUUUGACCUGACCUAAACUCCAUCACUGUUCCUAGUCUAAACUAACCCUGAGCAUCACGGGUUCCCCCAUUUCAAAGCAAUUCUUAGUCAUCAAGUUCUCCCUUGGGGAACAAAUUGUUUCAUUCCCAGUUGCUCUGAUGUUGCUUCAGGUUGUGCUGGAGACCAGAUAUUUUUAUUAUCAUU